AUGAUUCAAGAAGAGUCUUCCACAGAAGAAUCAUUUAAAGGCUUGAAGACCCUUAAUAUCUUUAGAGAUGAGGAGAGUAUUUUAAGGAUUAAAACAAAAUUAACUGAGAUGGACGACUUACGAAAUUUUAGAUACCCCAUUCUUCUUCCUGGAAAACAUAGGUUAGUAGAGCUUCUUGUCAGAGAGGCUCAUAUGGAAAACUCUCAUACUGAAGUGCAGAUUCUAUUAUCGAAAUUGCGAGAAAAUUUCUGGAUUAUAAAUGGAAGAAGAACCAUUCGUAGAGAAAUUAACAAAUGCUUUAGAUACAAGAGAUACGAUUCCAGAAACAUACAGAUCCAACCUAUAGGUUUGCCUCAGGACACAGUAGAAGAAUCAGCUGCAUUUGAAGUGAGUGGCGUAGAUUUAGCUGGAUCACUUACGCUUAAGGGAGGUGAAAAAUGUUGGAUAGUUCUUUUCAUGUGUGUAGUGUAUCGAGCAAUACACCUCAAACUGACACUGUCACUUGAUACUAGAUCCUUCCCCCUUUGCCUUCGGUGGUUUAUAGCGAGACGAGGCCCACCAAAGGUUAUUUACAGCGAUAAUGACACUAACUUUGUAGGCGCUGAAAAUUUUCUGCAAAACCUGUAUUGGGAUGUGAUCGAAAGAGAAACUUCUAUCCAAAGAAUAACAUGGAAAUUUAUACCCCCCUCUGCACCCUGGCGGGGUGGAUUUUGGAAACGGAUUGUACAAAUGGUGAGAAAACUUCUUAGACGUGUUUUAGGGAAUGCCUGCUUGUACUAUGAAGAAUUAGUUGCUAUCUUAUGUGAUUGUGAGGCGGUCAUUAACUCCAGACCUCUUACGUACUUAUCCGAAGAUCCCAAUGAUCUCAUUCCGCUCACUCCAUCAAUGUUUAUACAAGAUAUUCCGACGGUGGGAGUGCCCGAGUUAGAUAAACUCGACAUUACCGAUGUUAAAAGGCGUCUGAAAUAUCGACUAAAUCAUAGACAACACAUAAGAAACAAAUUUCGCUGUGAAUAUUUAGGCAUAUUAUUACAACCACGGAAGAAAAGCAAUUAUUAUGAAGUAAAACCUGGAGAAAUCGUCUUAAGUGAAGAUGAUUCAAAGAAAAGAUUAAUGUGGCCAAUGGCUAAAAUUCUUAGUUUAUCCAGGUAA